AAGACUGUCAUACUCUUGAUUGAAGUCUUCUUGAAUAUUUUAUGAGGGAGAAACUUCCCUCCAACUCGUUAGGAAAUGUCAUUCAGUCUGUCUUACGAUCUCUUAACGAUAUGGAGAUCUUCGAGGAUCGUUUCUAUAAGCUUAAUUAUCGUCUCUUAUCCUUCCUUGGUUUGUGGCCGUAUAAAAAAUCACGUUUACAUCGUGUUUGUCUUAUAAAUAUUCCUAUGCUAUCGUUCAACAUAACACAGCUUCUUAAAAUGUACACUUCUAACGGAAACCUUGAUGUCAUAAAAGAAAUUAUACCUAUUUGGGUUACAUCGUUUAAUGUCGUUAUCAAGUAUUAUCUUUUUGAUCUCUGUGUACUGGAUAUUAAAUUGCUUAUGGAUAAUAUGAUAAUAGAUUGGAAUAUGUGGAAGUCCAAGGAAGAGAUCGAGAUUAUGAAGAAGUUUGCUCAUUCAGGAAGAAUGUAUACUUUAGGAUACACAAUAUACAUAUACGUUUCCAUGUCAUUAUUUCUAUUGGUGACAUUCAUACCACCCUUAAUGGACGUAAUUAUACCUUUAAACGAGAGUCGUCAUAUGGAAUUACCUGUAGUCGCUGAGUACUUCCUUGAUGAAGAAAAACAUUUUUAUUUGAUUUAUUGUCACAUGGUUGUUUGCGUAACAAUUACUAUAACAAUUUUAAUUGCAAUUGAUACUCAACUGAUGGUUUUCUGUUGUCAUGUUAGUGGUGCGUUUGCAGUCGUAAGUUUUCGUUUGGAACACUUCUUAAAGAACGACACAACUCUGGAUGGAUUGUCUGAUCUUCAAAGGAAAGAAAGUUACAAACAUGUCUCGCUAUCUAUCAAAGGACACAAGAGAGCUUUAGAGUUCGUCAAACGCAUGGAAUCUUUGUUUUCGUAUUCUUUGCUGAUGCAAUGUGGCUUCAACAUUAUUUGUAUGAGCGUUUGUCUAUAUCAAAUAAAAAUAUUGUAUGGCCGAUCAGUAGAAACGAUGAAAUAUGUUUCAUUAGUAAUUGGCGAGUUAAUCCAUUUAUUUAUUGCUAGUUUAUCAGGACAAACUAUAAUAGAUCACAGUAGUGACGUUUAUUUUAAAGCUUAUAGUGGCCUUUGGUAUGAGGCGCCUAUAGAAAUACGUAAAUUACUGAUAUUGAUAAUGAGAAGGAGCUUUAAACCUUCUCAGUUAACUGCUGGAAAAAUAUUUAUCUACUGUCUGGAUGGUUUUUCAACGAUUAUGCAAACUUCUACCUCGUACUUCAUGGUACUUUUAUCGAUCCAAUAA